AUGAGUUCUUUCAAAAAUUUUUUCGAGGAUCUUGGUAAAUCGCGUGAUAAAAAAGAUAAAUCUGGUCGGAAUUCACCAGUUCCUGUAAAACCAUCAACAUCUGAUGAAGCCACCAAAAACAAAAAAUCAAAUGAAAAGGAAAUUAAAUCAUCUACACCUAUUAAAGAUACAAUAACAAAUAAUGAAAAUAAAUCGAAAGUUAAUAAAGAGCCAACAAAAUCUGAAGAAAAGAUCGAUAAAAAGAUUGAAAUCAUUCCUAAAACUGAUGAGAAGAAAGAGAAAGUAGACAACAAACCAACAGCUAAACCAGUAGAUAAAAUAAAUCCACCAAUUGAAGUAAAAAAGGAAUUACCACCACAACCAGUAGUAUCAUCCAAUGAAAAUCAAGUCAAUUCAUUACGUCUAAUUGACAGAGCUAAACAAGGUACAAGUGAUAAAGUUGAUGACAAGAGUGCAACUUCUGCACUGAUCAACUUUUUAACAUUUCCAGCAGAUAAAAUAAACUCAAAAGACAUUGAAUCACCUUCAACAACAGUUCAAUCAAAAGAAAUAAAAGUAGAAAGUGAUACAAAUAAAAAAGAAAAUGAUCUUAAAUCUCCUGGAAUCAUAAAUAAACAAAAUGAUGAAUUAAAUAAAAUACAGCCUACACCAACUACUAAUCAACCUGCAGUCACAACAGCGGCAGCAGCAGUAGAAGCUCAAAGUAAACAGAAUUUAAUCGAUAAUCAAGUGAAAACGAGUAGUUCAACGUCACAACCACCAAUAAUUACCAAUAAGACUCAAGAUGUGCCUAGUACUGAUAAAAUCUCAAGUCAGAAUUUACAGCCAGUAAUUAAAAAUCUUUCUGAUACGCAAAAUAAGCCAGAUAUUAUUGUUGGGAAACAAGAUGAAAUUAAAGUCAAGACAGAUGAAAAUGAUAAAAAGAAAAUUGUUGGUCAAACUACCACACCAACUGUUACUACUAGCAAUACUCUGAUCCCGUCAAAUAUACCACAACCUGGUACACAAGUCAGGCUGGGACGAAGUGGUGUGAUUACACGGUCUACAGAUAUACCGUCAACUUCUAACCAACUAAAUAUAAAUCAACAAUCCAAUUCACCAAAUUUAAUAAUUACCUCAGAUAAAGGAGCAAAAAGAUCUGUUAUCGAUCAGAAAGAUUAUCAAAAAUAUGAUCCAACUCAAAAACCGGAUCCAUGCAGACCAACACUUUUCUCAGCAAUAGAUCUAAAACAUUCUGGUUUCGCUGAUGCUGAAACUAUUGAAAAUUGUUGGAAUAAACUUGGUGUUCCAGAUGUUGAAGAUCUACUUUCAUAUUUAGGUUUUUCUAAACAUGGUAUAAUAAAUCUUGAUCAUUUAACAAAAGCAUUACAUGAAGCCUUAGAGAUGCAUACUUAUGAUGAACCAAGUGUACUAGCAGGUAUUCGUUCAAUGAAUAUGGAAUUACGUUUAACAGAUGCAUUAAAAAAUGCUUAUGAAAAAGAAAUUGAAAAAUUAGACAAAAAUCUUAUCAAUGAACGUGAAGUGAUUCUACGUUAUUUUCAUCAACAUUUAAAUGAAAUACGUCAAAAAAUGGAUAUUUUAUUUAGUCAAAAAGAAGUCGAAAUCAAACAAAUUCAACAGAAACUGGAUAAAACAGUUCAAUUAUCACAUGAAGUUGAAAUAAAAAAUAAAGAAGCUGAAUCCCUAUUACAAACAGAAGAUAAAUUUCUAAAUUUUAUUACAAAUCUAAGUGAUAUUAUGGAAGCAGAAAUCAAACAAUGUGAAGCGUGUAAAAAAGACUUUGAUCAUUUUUUUGUAUAUAAUGAAAAACUAAAAAGGACAGUUGAUCAAGUGAAAAAUCAAGCACAAGAUGUCAAUCAUUUCCAGCGCCUUAGAGAUUCAAUUCAAAUCCUAAAGGAUUACAGUCAAUUACUUCAAAUCAUUGUGAUUAAAUUUGCCGGUAUACAACGUCAUACGCAAUUUAUCAUAAAUCAAGAAAAAGAAAAAUAUGAAAAAUUAGAAAAAACUUUUGAAAAUUAUCAGAAAAAUCUACUUGAAUUACAAACAACAUUUGAUAACUUAUCAAGACAAAAUCAAAAGCUUAUCAAUGAAAAUGAAGUUUUACGCAAUGAAAUUCAAUCGAGAGAUGCUAAAAUAAAGAGUUUAGCAGAAGAAAAUAAUCAAUUAAAUGAAAAGUAUCAAAGUGCUCAACAAAAAGUGAACAAUUUCAAGAAUAUAAACAAUACUAACAAUAAUACUAACGGUAAUAAUACUCAUGUUAGUACAAUUAAUAAUGAUAAUAAAACUAUGAACACUAACGGAAAUAUAAAAAGCAACAAUACAACUGUUGUUACUAAUCCAAAAAGCAUCAAUGAAAAUAAGCCAAAUUCUAAAGAAUAUCCACAACCUGAUCAACAAAAUCAAAAUAAACAAGCAGUACCAGAAAAAUCAGUACCCGUAAUAUCUCCAGACAAGAAUAUUAUCACACCUUAUUUUAUGUCCAAAGAACACUUAGCUAUACGACAAUAUCAAAAUGAUUUAGAAGAAACCAUCAAGAAACAAGCAAGACAAAUUAGACAACUGAGAAUCAUAGCCUCAAAAUAUGGAGGAGUGAAUGAUUAUAUACGAAGUGAUAUAGUGGCCACAAUGGAUCAGUAGAUCUAGUAAGUUAGUUACCUGAAAAAAAAGUGAAGAUUUUCAGUGACUUCAAAAAUCCUUCAUGUAAAGU